CAACAAGUACCAGUUGCGACACGCCCAACUCCCGAGCUGUCAAUCAUUGCCAAGGACUCCCUAGAUCCGAAUCCCUGGAGCGUGACAACAAUUGGCCAGUGUGGGACAAGCUACGGUCACUCGUUUCGGGGAGGAACGUUCGCUGUCAUGUUGUGCGGCUUGAUGGAAGGCUUGGCUUGAAAUUUAACAAUCGUCACUCUCCGUUUUUCGGAUGCGGGGAAUUUAGCUGUGGGACAAGAGCCGUGCGCCCGAGAGAAGCAGCGUGUGUAAGGGCGCAGGAGCGCUCUCCAAAGACAUGGCUCUCACGCUCCCUCGGGGGACACGUCUCUUCCCACUGCUGUUACUGUUGCGCUUCUGGCUGUUUGUGUCGGCAAUCGCGCUGGAGGUGAUUGACCAAAACGCACCUGAACUCAUCUGUACCGAGGGUUUGACUGACUGCAAGGUGAGCUCAGGCUUUCAUUUCUGUGCUGCCCCGCCUGAUCCAAAUGAUACAGUGGAUGUUACACAUAUGCAGCUUGAAGUGAUGCUGUGUUCAGCCACACAAGACUUGCCUCGACCUUGCCUGCGAAUCACCAUAACAGUCCAAGAAGUGGAUAAUACAAACGAGGUUUUUGAGGCAUCUGGUGAUGAAGGGGAAUCAUCUGACAUGUCUCACUUGGCAGAGGGAAGUGGGCCUGAACUAAAAGUGUGUCUCAGUUCUCCAGGCGUCAGUGAAAUUAGGAAGACACUCGAGUUUAAACUAAACCACUCUGGUUUAGCUCAAGCUUCACAACAGCCCACACACAAGCAAAUGCAGCUGCUAUUGACAGAGAAAGUGACGUUUGGCAAUCCUGUUGUGGUCCAAGUCUACGCACGUUCAGAUGGAACACACAGCAUCCAAAAUAUCACAGUCCCAUCUUUAGAAGAAGUUUGCUCCAUGGACCUAAAUGGGAUGGAAAAAUUAUGUGAUGCUCCCAGACUCCGACUUCAGUACAAGAGAAGCAAGUUCCUCCUCCAGCUGGAAAACACUAAUGACAGACAAGAAGAUCUCAUGUGCCAGAUGAUUUGGAAUGAAAUGCCUGGAGACACUUGUCCAUGGCCCACAAACGAGACAGAAAUGAUAAUUCCAUCAGUUGCACCAUGCCUGUGCUUCCAGACAUGGUGGAAGGGAAAGGAGCUACGAAGACAGCUCUGCCCUUUCAAAAACCAAUCAGAUGCAGUUGAAAGAAUGCAGCACAACGUGUCUGUGUCGGUUGAGGAGUUUCAGAUGAGGGAGGGUGGCACAGUGCUGAGCUGGAAUGUAUCUGCCCCCUGCAGACUGGAGGCAGAGGUGUGGCUGUGCAAGAAAGAUGUGGCAGGGGGCCAGUGUGAAGAGGUGACAGGCUCCAGACAGAGACUGCACAGCCAUGCACAUGCAGGCUGGAGUGCAACACGCAAUGGACACUGGAAAACAGGAGAGUUCAAUGUGUCAUCACAUCCUCUGCUUUGUGUUCAGAUAAAGAUACACGGGAUGAAGUCAUACUUAGAGCCCCAUUGUCUGUUUACAAAAUCUCGAUUUAGAUGGAGCCUGCCAAUCUUCAUCGCAUUGCUUCUGAUGUGUUUGACCAUACUCGGAGCCUAUUUCAUCCAAGGGGUCCUGAAAGGCUACGUGUGGAAAUGGUUGAAAGAAGAUGAUGUUAAAGGUGCAGUGGGUGGUGGUCACGUGGUGUUGCUCUAUCCACCUGAUGGUGACCAGGCUUUGCCAGAGCUUAUAUGUCACCUGGGCUCGACCCUCCAGGCCCUGGGCUUCAGCGUGUCUCUAGAUCUGUGGAGCCAGGCUGAGCUCAGUGCACUGGGCCCUGUGCCUUGGCUCCAUUCAAGACUGGACCAACUGAAAAGGCAGGGGGGAAAAGUGGUGCUAGUCCUAACCCAGGCCACCUGGAUAAGGGCUGAAGAAUGGGGAGCUCGUAGCUGGGAGAGGAACAGAAACAGGGAGGAAGAGGAGGCAGGAGGAAGCUACACUGCUCCUUCCCCCUGUGUAGAUGUUUUUAGUGCUUCACUGAGCUGCAUUCUAGCAGACAAUUUACAGGGCCGCGCUGGUGAGCGGUUUAUGUUGGCUCAGUUUGAAUCACUUCCACCUGAGCCUCCAGGUGGUUUCCGGCCGCUGCCAGAACUUUUCCGUGGCCUUCAUGUUUACAGCCUCCCUUCCCAGAGCUUGGGUUUUCUGACUGAGCUGGCUGGGGCUCGGCAAAUGGCCACUGCAUCAGCCAGACGGAAGAGGGCAGGGGGGAUCAGGGUGGCAUCCCGAGCUCUGGCAAAAGGGCUGUCAGGGUACACAGCAGGGACAAAUAUAUUUCGCCUUGCAGGGGUGUCCCAGACUUGUGUUGGGGUAGGAGUAGAAGACUCUGGGGAAACGGUGCCGUUGCAGCCAUGUCUUAUUACGCCUCCCUCCAGCCCUGACACAAACCCUAAGGACAGCAAAAUGGAAUGGGUCUGACAGCAGGAGAGGAUGACCUAUAACCAAGCUUCAGUUUUCAGAUUUGGAGCCAGUACAGUGACUUUAAAGAACCUGAAGUAAUACUCUGGGAGACACUCACAAAAGUUUUUGGCUUUUGCAUUUACUAGUCUAAUUAUCUGGAUUCUGGUAGCUGUCAAAAAAGGGUGUGUGUGGCAGCAGCUUGUUUUUCAAAUAAAAGCUGGGUUGUUUUAGCUUUAGCUGUUAUUACACCAGAGAAAUUAAAGAGCACAUCUUUACACCUCACACUACUUAAAAAUUGUGCUCUGUGACGAAUAUAUAUUGAAAACAGGGCCACUAAACUCCUCAUUUAGUGGGCUGCACUACACUACAAUGCAAAAAGAGAAUUUCAGCAAAGCAAAUUGCUCCAUUAUGUGGGUCCUGACUCUACAGCUGUUUGUUUUUUGUUUGUUUUUUUGUCUUAAGCCAUUGUGUGUGUUUAUUUAUCAAACAUUUAACAUUUUGCAUGCCCGUGUUUUGAAUAUAAAAGCCCUGAAGGACAUGAAGGAAACAUUUUAAACAAAAAUAAGCUUUCUCUGAGUUUAUAAAUGGGUUUAUUAGUUUGCUUUGUCGAAGCCUUGUGAAUCCGUUUUAUACUGCAUUUUGUUCUUAGUGUUUAAAGUUGGUAUCUUGGUAUGCUCUUCUAACUACAAAACAAGUGUCAGAUCUUAUUCAGCACUAACAUAGGAUGACAUUGGAUGUGUGUUUACAUAUAACUUUAAAAUGCAUUAAUAUCAUAAAAUAAAAACAUGUAAUUACAUUUAAAACAGUGGCUCUGUGGCACAAAACUCAAACAAAAUAGAACAAACAGAACAAAUCAGAAAACGCAUUUCACAAAACACAAACACUACAGAAAACCUCUAAG